CACCCAGGAAGAAAAAUGCAGUCCUGCAAGGGCCGUUUGCUUGGCAUCUGGGUCGCGGUCGCCCACGGCGUGUUCUCCGGAUCUCUAAACAUUCUGUUGAAACUCCUCAUUUCUCGCUACAAUUUUCUCUUUUUAACACUGCUGCAGUGUCUCACCAGCAGCACCGCUGCCCUGACCCUGGAGACUCUCAGGAGGCUGGGUAAAAUAGACGUGCCGCCUUUCAGCCUAAGUUUGGCCAAAGUCUUUGGCAGUGUCACGCUGCUCUCCACUCUCCAGUCCUGUUUGACUCUGUGGUCACUGCGGGGCCUCAGUCUCCCCAUGUACGUUGUUUUCAAGCGUUGUCUACCUCUCGUCACUUUAAUAAUAGGAGUUUUUGUCCUCAAGAAUGGCAUUCCGUCUCUCGGUGUCAGUGCAGCGGUCUUCCUCACUACCUGCGGAGCCGCUCUGGCAGGAGCCGGUGAUCUUUCCGGGGAUCCAGUCGGGUAUGUGACCGGGGCCUUGGCCGUGCUGGUUCACGCCGCUUAUCUGGUGGUGAUUCAGAAGACAGGCCACGAGCACUCCUACGGCCCCCUGACUGCCCAGUACACCAUCGCCGUGACCGCCUCGCCCGUCCUCCUGCUCUGCAGCUUCGCCAGCCUGGACGCCAUCAACAUCUGGUCCUACCCGGGCUGGCUAGAUGCUGCCGUCGGCUGCACCUUCGCCUCCUGCAUCGUGAUCGGCUGCCUCAUGAACUUCACCACGCUGCACUGCACUUACAUCAACUCAGCGGUCACCACCAGCUUUGUGGGGGUAGUGAAGAGUGUCGCCACCAUCACGGUGGGCAUGCUGGCUUUCAGAGACGUGGAGCCCACCGCCCUGUUCAUCGCCGGCGUGGUGGUGAACACGGUGGGCUCGGUCACCUACUGCAUAGUCAAGUACUUCGAGACGAGGCAGCAAGCCAAGUACGAUGACUUGGAAGAACUGAUCAAGGGGGAUGAGGGAGGACCCAUCGAGUCCCCCAUGACGACCCCUCAAACGUAUGAGCUGCAGGAAGAUCCCAGUGGCCAGGCGUUGCGGAAUGGCAGCGCUCCCACCUCCCCGGGAGCUCCUGACAACAGCCCACUGACUGAAAAUUAUCUCGGAGUCUGGAGGCUGGUGAGACAUUUGCGGGUUUUCAGGAAAGAUCCUUCAGUUCACGGACCCCAAUAAAACCGAGAUCUCACUUUUGUUCUGCUUUGCUUUGUGAAGAGUCGGUUAUUGGAGUUAAGAAAGGGUUUAAUUGACUUUAUUUAAGAAUGUGGCGGCGGGAGUCAGCGGACAUGGUGUUUCUGUCAAAGAAUACACUGCCAGAACUGUUGCUUCUCACAGAUGAGAAAGUAGAGCUUAAGUAACUUCUUCUAAAUUAUAUCCUGAAGAAACAUGACUAAAAUAUAUCUUUAUGAGUACUGUUAUUUUUCUGGGAGCCGGAGAUUCUGAUAUGAUAAGCAGGGAAUGAUCAGAAUUCUGCUGAGAGGGUGCCACUCCAGCCAAGGGAAGCACCUUUCCUAUUCCUCUCCAUUUUGGCGCCUGUCGGAGCAGCAAAAACGACAAAAACUGGAAGAAGAUUUCAUUCCCACACCCACAUUGAGUGCGUUCACCACACAUAAACUGCAACGGUUUAAGUAGAAGGCUCACCACCAUCUUCUCAAGGGCAACUAACGAUGGGCAAUGAACGCUGGUCUAUAUCCGCGAAAAUGAAUGUCAAACAAAUAUUAGUAAAUGAUGGGCGCACGGGAAUGAUGAUAAACCAGCAAUCUCAUCUUGAGAUUCAGGAAUUAAAUGACCUCUUUGAUGAGAUUAUUGCCUGGCCAUCCUACCAGCUUCCUGUUAUUCUCCACACUGUCACACAAUGUUUCUAAACUAAACUGAACAUUUAUUUGGAGACGGCUUCAGAGUUUUUAAAAAAUCAAAAGUCAGUUUUU